AUGAUAGAAAAUAAUGAAAGCCACCCUGCAGAAUUCUUUCUAUUAGGCUUUGCUGAUCAUCCUUGGCUGGAAUUUCCUCUAUUCGUUAUUCUUCUGAUAACAUACCCCUUGGCCAUGAUGGGAAACAUCGCCAUCAUUCUGGUGUCCAGGUUAGAUCCCCGGCUCCACAGCCCCAUGUAUUUCUUCCUCACCAACCUCUCCUUUCUGGACAUGUGUUACACCACCAGCAUUGUCCCUCAGAUGCUGUUCAACCUGGGGAGCUCUAAAAAGACCAUCAGCUACAUGGGGUGCGUGGUUCAGCUUUAUGUCUUCCACUUGAUGGGGGGCACAGAAUGUCUGCUCCUGGGUCUUAUGUCUUUUGAUCGCUACAUGGCCAUCUGCAGACCUCUGCACUACACCCUCAUCAUGAACCAGCGCCUCUGCAUCCUGUUAGUGUGCACUGUGUGGCUGUGUGGCAUUACCUAUGCUGUGUCAGAGGCCACAGUUACACUACAGUUGCCAUUUUGUGGCACCAAUCAACUGGAUCAUUUGUUGUGUGAGAUCCCAGUCCUGAUCAAGACUGCCUGUGGUGAGAAGGAGGCCAAUGAGCUCACCCUCUCUGUGGUAUGCAUUUUUAUGCUAGCCGUUCCUCUAUGCCUAAUUCUUGCUUCCUAUGCUAGUAUUGGACAUGCUGUGCUUAAUAUCAAAUCUUCUGAGGGAAGAAAAAAAGCAUUUGGGACAUGCUCCUCUCAUCUCAUUGUCGUUUUGUUAUUUUAUGGUCCAGCCAUUAGCAUGUACCUUCAGCCUCCCUCCUCCAUCACAAGGGAGCAGCCCAAGUUCAUGGCUCUCUUCUAUGGAGUGGUGACUCCUACCCUCAACCCCUUCAUCUACACCCUGAGGAAUAAGGAUGUGAAGGGGGCGUUAAUUAAGCUAGUGAGCACCAUUUUGCAUUCCAAGUAG